GGGGAGGGGCGUGGCCGCCGUGACUCUUACCGCGGCGGGGGCUCCGCGCCCUGCUUAGUCACGGCCCCCCCCGGCCCCCCCCCCGCCGCUCCCGCCGCCACCGGGGCCGCGCCACGGCCGGGUUCCCCCCCCCUCCAGCGCCGCCCCGUGCCCCCCCCCGUGGACGCCCCCCGUUCCCCCCUCGAGGAGCGGAGCCGUCUCUGGCGGGGAGCGGGGGCGGGGGGGGCUGCGAUGCUGCGGCCAUGUCCUCCCCGCCUCCCCCCGAAUGCCAAGCGGAGGUGACCCCCUCGCCGGGGGGGGGGUCGGGCUCGUUCAGCUACAGCCUGGAGGAGCACCCCAAAGCCGCCCUGGCCGUGAUGAACCAGCUGCGGCUGGAGCGGCAGCUCUGCGACGUCACCCUGCGCGUCCGCUACCGCCGCGACGUCCCCCCCGCCGACUUCCCCGCGCACAAAGUCGUCCUGGCCUCCUCCAGCCCCGUGUUCAAGGCCAUGUUCACGACGGGCCUGAAGGAGCGGGGGAUGGAGGUGAUCCCCAUCGAAGGCGUCCACCCCCGCGUCAUGGAGCGGCUGGUGGAGUUCGCCUACACGGCCUCCAUCUCCGUGGGCGAGAAGUGCGUCCUGCACGUCAUGAACGGCGCCGUCAUGUACCAGAUCGACAGCGUCGUCCGCGCCUGCUGCGACUUCCUCGUCCAGCAGCUGCACCCCAGCAACGCCAUCGGCAUCGCCAACUUCGCCGAGCAGAUCGGCUGCCUCGAGCUCCACCAGAAGGCCCGCGAGUACAUCUACAUGCACUUCGCCGAGGUGUCGAAGCAGGAGGAGUUCUUCAACCUGUCGCACUGCCAGCUGGCGACGCUGCUGAGCCGCGACGAGCUGAACGUGCGCUGCGAGUCGGAGGUUUUCCACGCCUGCAUCAACUGGGUGAAGCACGACUGCGCCAACCGGCGCCUCUACGUGCAGGCGCUGCUCCGCGCCGUGCGCUGCCAUUCCCUCACCCCGCACUUCCUCCAGAUGCAGCUCCAAAAGUGCGAGAUCCUCCGCGCCGAUUCCCGCUCCAAGGAUUACCUGGCGCAGAUUUUCCAGGAUUUAACCCUUCACAAACCCACCCAAGUCUUACCCUGCCGGACCCCCAAGGUCGGCCAACUCAUCUACACCGCCGGCGGGUAUUACCGCCAGUCCUUGAGCUACCUGGAAGCCUUCAACCCUCGCGACGGCUCCUGGAUCCGUCUGGCCGACCUCCAGGUCCCCCGGAGCGGCCUGGGGGGUUGCGUGGUGGGGGGGCUUUUCUACGCCGUGGGGGGACGCAAUAAUUCCCCCGACGGCAACACGGACUCGGCGGCCAUCGAUUGCUACAACCCCAUGACGAACCGGUGGUCUCCCUGCGCCCCCAUGAGCGUCCCCCGCAACCGCAUCGGGGUGGGGGUCAUCGACGGAAUGAUUUACGCCGUGGGGGGGUCGCACGGAUGCAUCCAUCAUAGCAGCGUGGAGAGGUACGAGCCGGAGCGGGACGAGUGGGAGCUGGUGGCGCCGAUGCUGACGCGGCGCAUCGGGGUGGGGGUGGCGGUUCUCAACCGCCUCCUUUACGCCGUGGGGGGGUUCGACGGCAGCACCCGCCUCCGCUCGGCCGAGUGCUACCACCCCGAGCGCGACGCCUGGCGAGCCAUCGCCCCCAUGGCCACCAUCCGCAGCGGCGCCGGGGUCUGCGCCCUCAAUAACUGCAUUUACGCCAUGGGGGGCUACGACGGGACGGACCAGCUCAACAGCACCGAGCGCUACGAGGUGGAGACGGACGCGUGGACCUUCGUGGCGCCCAUGCGGUACCGGCGCAGCGCCCUCGGCGUCACCGUCUACCAGGGCAAGAUCUACGUCUUGGGAGGCUACGACGGCCACACGUUCCUGGACUCGGUGGAGUGCUACGACCCGGCGGCGGACGCGUGGACGGAGGUGACGCGGAUGACGUCGGGCCGCAGCGGCGUGGGGGUGGCCAUCACCAUGGAGCCGUGCCGCGAGCAAACCCAGCGCCCCGACUGCCCCUGCUAACCCCGGCGCCGCCGUGGGGGGAGACGGAACCGCGGCGGGUUCCCCCACCCCAGCACCCCCCCUCCACCCCCCCAGCACCCUUCCUUGACCCCACGGCGGCGGAUAAAUGCCACGGACAGCUCGCGGGGGGGGGUGGGGGGGCCGUGGCACCCCCAAAAUCCCCCCCAAACCCUGAGUUUGGGGAGAGGGAAGCCGGAUUCGCACCCGCCUUCCAGCCCGGCAGCCGACUGACUGGUUUUAAUGAUUUCCAAAUCUUGUUACAUGAAUAAAAGAGACUUUUUUUGCGAUGAA